AUGCUUAGUCGUUUAGGAAUAUGUCAAUUAAGUUCGAUGAGGACGUCAGUCCGCCCUGUGUGGAGAAUGAUGAGCACAACAACAACUAACUACAAGAGCAUGGCCACAAAUAUGCGUGGGUCUAAUGCAUCGGUCAAGGGUAAGAGGACAGGUAAAGUGUUGGCACAAGGUAGCAAGGCCGAGGAAUCACUCCAACAGAAACGGGUCCACGACAAUUGGAGAGGCUACAAGAGUUUAGUGGAUAAGGGAAGCAAAGUAGAGGCCGAGCAGGCUCGUCCUGACGAUUCGUCAUAA